CGGGGGUCCGUGUCCCGGCCCCGGCCCCGGGCCCGGCCCCGGCGCCGCCCGCACCAAGAAGAAGCAGAAGCGCUUCGUGCCGCAGCGCGUGAAGCUGCCGCGGGCCGCGGACCCGCUGCUGGCCGUGCUGGCCUGGGGGGUCACGCACCAGAUCAACGAGCUGAGCCAGGUGCCGCUGCCCGUGAUGCUGCUGCCCGACGAUUUCAAAGCCAGCUCCAAGAUCAAGGUCAACAACCACCUGUUCAACAGGGAGAACCUGCCCAGCCACUUCAAGUUCAAGGAGUACUGCCCGCAGGUGUUCCGCAACCUGCGCGAGCGCUUCGGCCUCGACGACCAGGACUACCAGGUGUCCCUGGCCCGCAGCCCCCCGCGCUGGGUGGGCAGUGGGCGCCGCCUGCUGCUCUCGGCUGACCGGACGCUGGUGCUGAAGGAGCUGUCGAGCGAGGACGUGGCCGACGUGCACGGGCUGCUGGCACAUUACCACCAGUACGUGGUGCAGUGCCACGGGCAGACGCUGCUGCCGCGGUUCCUGGGCAUGUACCGGGUGAGCGUGGACAGCGAGGACACCUACCUGCUGGUCAUGAGGAACCUCUUCAGCCACCGCCUGCCCGUGCACAGGAAGUACGACCUCAAGGGCUCCCUCGUGGACCGAGAGGCCAGUGACAAGGAGAAGGGCAAGGAGCUGCCCACGCUGAAGGACGUGGAUUUCCUCAACAAGAACGAGAAGGUGUUCGUGGAGGAGGAGCAGCAGCGCGAGUUCAUGGACAAGCUCAAGCGGGACGUGGAGUUCCUGGUGCAGCAGAAGCUGAUGGACUACAGCCUGCUGCUGGGCAUCCACGAGGUGGAGCGGGGCGAGCAGGAGGACGAGGAGGAGCUGGAGGAAGAGGAGCUCGGGGGGGGCGACGAGGGGGGGCUGGGGGGUCCCUAUGGCACCUCCCCCGAGGGCCUGGGGGGGCUCCUCAACUCCUGCCGGCCCCCGGGCCCCGGCGAGUUCGACCCCGGCGUGGACGUACGCCGUGCGCGGGGCCGGGGGGCCUGGGGGCCGGGGGUCCUGGGGGCCCCCCGGCGCGAGGUUUAUUUCAUGGGGCUCAUCGAUGUGCUCACGCAGUACGACGCCCGCAAGAAGGCGGCGCACGCGGCCAAGACCGUGAAACACGGGGCCGGAGCCGAGAUCUCCACGGUGCACCCCGAGCAAUACGCCAAGCGCUUCCUCGACUUCAUCACCAACAUCUUCGCCUGAGGGGGGGCUCACCCAGCCCCCCCGGGACCAAACCCCCC